AUGAAGAUACUUUAGAUUUUAAAUCUUUUUUCUUUGUUGGAAAUUGUAUAUUCUUAGUCCCUUUAAAUAGUGGGUUAGGACUACUAAUUAGUUGAAAAAAACAUAGAUUUGAGUCAAUUAUUAGUAGCUGAUUUUGGGUUAUUUGUUGGAAUCUGGUCGAGAUACAAUCCCUUAGGCAUAACAUAGUAAGUAGGAAUUGUUGGUUUAAUGGAUAGCAAUUGCUUUCAUUAGCAUAGUAUAAUUGGAAAAUCAUUAAGAAGCUUGGAAUUCAUUUAUUAUGAUUGCCUUCAACCUGAAAGUUAAAUUAUAUAAAAAUUCGUAAGUUUUAACACUUUGGAUGGUUAAUAGCAUUUUUAUAAAUUGGACAUAUAACCAUCUGAGUAUGAAAGUGUUUGGUAUUUAUUUGAAUUAUUAUACUAUCCUUAAAAAAGUAUAUCAGAAUUCAUGAUUGUAAAAGGCAAAGAAAUUUUGCUUUAGAAAAAAGUAGACACUAUUUUCUUUAAAGAAAAUUAUCUAAAGCUCAUUAUUGGAGGAAGCCUAAUUGUAUAAAAUUCAAAUCUUAAAUCGAUAGAAGUUGGGUAGAGAUUUUCUUAUUUUCCAGGUAAGAUGUAUUAAAUCAGUUUCAUUCCAAAACACUUAUCAGACCUGUAAUUAAAAAAUGGAAUAAAUCGUUAUUUAUUCUUUUUUGAAGAUGUCUCUGAAAUUAUUUGUGAAAAUUCGAUAACUUCCAAAAUACCAGAUUUUGAUCUACUUUGGUUAGACGUAAAAUCUUUUAUUUCAGAAAACUUCAACACUGAUUCAUUUAUAUUAGCUGGGUGGUUUAGAAUUAUAAAAAUAAAUCAAGUUGAUGAUGAAUUCAUCUAUCAAUUUCUAAAAAUGAGUAAAAACACUAGAUCUGAACAAUUAUCUAAUUCUAACCUAUCACCAUUUUAAUUGUUCUAUAAGAUAUCCCCAAAUAAUAAUAAAAUAAUAAUUACUACAUAUAGUUAUAAUUUUCCAUCUGUUACUUUAGAUUUUACAAAUAGUGAUAACAGUUUAAUUAUUUUUGAAGAAUUUGAAUUAAAUCAUAAAAUUACUUUAUGGCACAGUUUAUUUGUUAAUCUAAUAUAAGACUAAAUUUUCAUUUAAAUAAAAUUUUUUGAUUAGUAUGAUGUAUACGAAUAUUCUAUAUCACAUCCAGUCAAAUAAUUUCGAUUUGUAUAAUUUUAAAUAUAAUAUGGAAAUUUAAUAUAAACAUAGAGGAACUAUUUAAAUAUUUAAACUCGAAAUAAUAUAUUUUAUAAUUGUUAGUAAUAGAUAUAACAACAAAAUUGCCAUUAUUCAUGUGAAGAUUGUGAUGGUCCAACAAAUACAGAUUGUUUAUCAUGCUCUGCAGCAUCAAAUAGAAUAUACUUACCACAACAUAAAGCGUGCAUAUGUCCAUAUAAUUAAUUAGAUGAUCAAAUGAAUUAGAACUGCCUAGCAUUUUCUGAUUAAUCUUUUGACAUAAAGGAUUUAUAAAAGGAUAAUGAUUGUAAAUUUGGAUACUUUGAGUAUGAUGAUUCAUGCUAUCCAUGGUAAAUUAUUUAUUAAUAUAUAGCCCUUCAAUUAUUUCAGAUAAAUUGAUAACGUGUUUAGAGUGUUUAUAAAAUGUAAAAGGAUGGAAAGAUGAUGCAUAUUGUCGAACUAUGGUAUAUUUGAAUCCUAAUGGAAAUACUGCUAAGACAUUCCAAGACCCAAUAUCAAAUCUAUUUACUUUUGAUGGUUUAGAACCAUAAUUAUGUAGAGAAUGGAAAACUUAACAUUUUUCUGAUAUUGAUAGUAUAUUUUAACUCUUCUCUUAAUAACAAGAAAAAUUUAAUUUUUUUUGUCAAAAUUCAUGGGCAGAUCAUUGCUAUGAAUGUAAUAUAUUUGAUUGCUUUAAAUGUUCUAUAGAAAUGACAGGGAUGAAAUGUAUUGAUUGUGGUCUUAGUUUACCUAUAAUAAAUGGUUAAUGUACGAGUUAAUUUUAGUAGCCAAAUUUCCUAAAAAGUUGUAGAACUCCUUAUUACCUAAGCUCUCUUAAAGAAUGCAAAUUAUGCCCUAUUAAAAAUUGCAAAUAUUGUUUUGAAUAUAAUAAAAAUGAUUUAGGGAAAUGUACUUUAUAUGCAAACUUUGAGAUAUUUGAAUUUGAUGAAUAUACUAAAAUAGGAUGUGCACUUUGUGAAGAAAAUUUCAUUUUUGAUUUUAUAAUUGGAGAAUGUAAUUAUAAAUAACCUUCCAUUUCUAAUUGCUUAAGGUCAUUUGUUAAUUUAUAGAAUUAAGAAAUAUGCACUUUAUCAUCAACUGAUUUUAGUAUAGCAUUGGAAAUAAUUAAUUGCGGCAAGUUAAUCGAAAAUUGUUUAUAAUGUAUUUUCACUCCUUGGUAGGAAAUUAGAUGCAUAAUUUGUUAAAUAGGCUUUACAACUUCUGUCAAAAGGGGAAAUUGUUAUCCAAAUUCUUAUAAAAAUGCAAUAAUUGUGAUUGAUGGAGAUUAAACUGAUUAUGAUGCUUGGAUUUAGAGAGUACAAAGUUUUAUUAUGAAAUUUUUACCAAAUUAGUAUUUUUAUUAAAGAGAUAUAAUUGGUACUGAUAACCAGGAAAGUCAAAUACUAAAUUAACACGACUAUUAAUUAGAGUGCAUUGAUGGAUAUGCAUAAAAUUAAAACUUUUCAUGUGUGAAUUAUUGCACAUCAGAAUGCUUAAGUUGUCAAGAAAAUUAGAGGCAAAACUUAUAUUAUUGUGUAUAAUGCCCAUUAAAUAAUUACUAUGAACCUAUUCGUAGCUUGACAAAUGGUUAAUGCAUAAGAUGUCCUGAAUUAUGUGAAGUUUGUGAAAAAAGAUCAGAGGCUGAAAUCUAAGUAAAAUUGUAAUUAUAAUUUAGAAACUCAAUCCAUAUUUUUUGAUCACAGACGACAACAUAGAUUAUUCUUUUAAAUGUAUUAAACCUAUUUCAAUUGAUAAUGUUGUUUUAGAUCCCUACUUUUAAAUAGCUAAAUAUUGUUUUGCUCCAAAUUGCAAUGUAGAAUUUACUUUUAAAUAAUCUGCUUAUUAGAAAAACUCAGAUGAUAAAAUUGAUAUCCAUUAUUGUAAUUAAAUUGGAUUAAAAGUCUUGAAAUUUUAAAAUGAUUGGAAAACAUCUAAUAUUGGUAUAACUUAAAUCACAGAAUUAAAAUAAUUAAUUUUUAGUUUACAAUAGUUGAAAACUGUAUUUAAUCUUUACCAAAAUAAGCUAUACUUUUAUUAUGUCUCUGGAUAUGAUUCUAUAGAAAUUAAUGACGCAAUUUUAUAAGCAAAUAAUAAUAAUUAUUUUCAAUUCAAAAAUUAAAAUCAGAAAGUUGAUAUCAUCUUAAAUAAUAUAGUGAUUUAACAAAAUUAAAUUAACAACAUCACCUCUUUAUUUGAUUCAGAAAUAUUUGGAGAUGUAACUAUGAAUAACAUUUAAAUUAUCAAUACUAAUUUCAAUACCACAUCAUUAUUCAACUUCAAUUAAAAAUUAUUAUAAGGAACAAUAAAAAUAUAAAAGAUGGUUUUGUAAAAUUGUAGUAUUUAAAACUCACAACUAUUUUAUUUUGUUAAUAACCAAGUUUAAAUAGAGAUUGAAUAAUUAAUUAUAAACAAGACCUUCUUUCAUAAUUCUUCGUUUAUCACUUUUUUUUAAAAUCUUGAAGGCGAAAGCAAACUGGAAGUUCGAGCAAUAACAAUAACAUCAAGUAACUUUCAAAAUUCAUAUCUUUUUAAUUGCACUAAUUUAUAAGAUAUUUAUCUAAAUAAUGUUAUACUUGAUAAAAAUUCAAUAAAUCUAUCAACUAUUAUUGCAUUUAAUAAGAAUUUUACUUUGUUGUAAAGUUAAUUAAACAAUAACAAUUUUAUAGAAUCAUAAUUUAUUGCAACAUUGGAAACAGACAGUAAGAAAAAGGUAUUUUGUUUUGUAGAAAAAUUAUUAGCAAGCCAAAAUGAUUAUACCACUUCUAGUUUAUUUUAAAUAUCGAAUGAAAAUAUGAAUUAUAGCUUAAGAGCAGUUAAAAUACAAUUAAACUAAGGAUAUAAUACUUAAUAUCAAGAUAGUAGUUUAUUCAAUCUUCAUUGUUUUAAACUAGAAAUAGAUCAGAUUUACAUAGCUGAUUCAAAUAAGCUUAGAAUAUUUAAUUUUUUUGAAGUAUCUCAAAUAAUUGCAUCAAAUAUAAUUUAUGAAAAUCUGAAGAAUAAUAAUAGAGUGCCUUCUAGUUUAAAUUGUGUAGAGUUCUAAAAUUUUAAUUAUCAACUACUUUUAAUUUCUGGAUACUCUCUUGUUACAUUGAAAAAUAUAAAGGUUAUUAAAUUAUUUAGUGUAGAUAUUUUAUUAAUUUAAAUAUCAACUAGAAAAAAAUGGACUGAUAUACCUUCAAGUCUAGAAUUAAUAAAUUUAGAGUUUAUUGGAAAUUUAUUAUUACAUUAGAACCAAGCCAAUUUUUUCUCUUUUGUUUAGAUUAAUUCUGAACAUAAUGCUAAUAUUUAAAUAGAAAAUGUUUUAUUUGAAAACAAUUUCAUUCACCAGUAAAUUGAUGAUCCUUAAGAUUCCGCAGCGGCAUUGCUUCAUAUAGAAUCAAAUUAAGGAUAUAUAAAAAUAAAUAAUCUGUAAUGUGCUUAUAAUGCUCUGACUAAUUCUUCCAAUUCAUUUAUGUUUCUAAAAUCUGAGAUCAUCACAAUAACAAAUUAUACUGUUUCAAAUCAUAAUAUACUGCCUUUAUAAUUAUGGAAAUUAUAUUAUGAUAUAUAAUUAGAAAAUGAUAUAGAUGAAUAUGAUUAGGAAUAAACAAAUUUAAUGAUAUAAUAAAGUUUCAAAAUAUUAAAUAAAGGGGGAUCAAUAGCAGCAUCUACAUUUUUUUGCUUUAAUUGUUUUUUUUAGGAUUUUAUUGGAUUGAAAAGUACUGUAUUUGAGAUAAAAACUUAAGGUAAUGGAAAUAUCCAAUUAAGAAAUUUAACAAUAAAUUCUUCUGAAUACGAUCUAAGUUAAAUAACAGAUAGCACAGGUUGUAUUACAAUCUAUUCAUCUAACAGUUUGCUUGAUUUAAAAAUCAUUAAUGCAAUAUUAAUAAAUAUUUUUAAUCGUAUGGCAGCAUCAGUACUUACAAUACAUCCAUCAUUAUAGAAAAAUACAGUUUUCAUUUAGGAUAUCAUAAUUAAAAAUUGUAUAUCAUUAAUAAAUCCAUUAAUUAAUAUAUUAUUUUCAACAUAGUAUAUUAAUUCAAAUAAAGUGAUUAUCAUAAAUGCAAAUAUCAACUUUUAAGAAGGUAUUUGGAUGAAAUACUUUGAAAAGACUGGGAUGCUAAAUUAAAAUGAGAUUUUAGAUAUAGCUAGUACCACUAAUGCUUUAAUUCAAUUACAAAAUUGUAAAGUGGUUAUGUCUAAGAUUCUUAUUUAGGGUCUUUUUGGUUGUCCUUUAAUUAAAUUGAUUAAUGUAUCUUAUUUAUUAAUCUUUUAAUUAAGGGCAAUAGAGAUUAAAUUGUUUUAUGCUUUCAAUCUUAUAGAAGUAAGAUAAGAUUUAUAGAUUAAAUAAACAAUAUAUAUUAAUUAUGGAAAUUUUUAAAGAAUUUAAAUUUAUGAAAUCACUGAAAAUCUAAUCUAUUAAAAUUCUAAAAUAAAUUAUAUGAUUUAAGGUUGUUCUUAAAUUGAAAUAUAAUAAGAAUAAGCUACUUAUUCUUUUAGUUAAAUUAUCAAACUUUUUUAAUAAGCCUAGAAAGUGAGUUCUAUAAUUUAAUUUUAUACGAAUUCAAAUAAUACAGUUAUCGAAAUUUAAAAUGUAUUUUUACAUUAGAUUAAUUGUUCUUAUUGUUUAAAUGGAUUGAUUUUUUUCAAUAUUGAGAACUAUAAAUCCUUAAAAAUUAGAGAUCUUAUUUUUAAUUCUAAUCAUAUAAAAAAUUAUGGAUGUAUGAAUAUUGAAGCAACUACUAAGAUUAAUCGAAAUUUUAUAAUUUAAAAUUCUAAUUUCUUCAAUAAUAAUGGUAGUUCUGGAACUGCUAUAUAUUCAUCCAACAUACCAAUCAAUAUUAUUUAGUGUUCUAUAAUUAAUAAUGUCGCCAGAGAUUAAGGUGGCGGAAUAUUUUUGAAUAUGGAUACCAAAUAUUUGAUUAUUAAUAAAUCAUCAAUUAUCAAUAACAAAGCAUUUGAAGGAGGUGGUAUAUACCUUUUUCAAAACGGAAAUAUUAAUUAAGAAAAUUUGAUUCAAACCUUUAUGUAAUUCAAUCAAGCAGAUUUUUUGUCAAAUAAUUUAUUUGAAUUCCCAACUCAUUUAAGUUUAUUAAUUAAUUCUCAAGAAAUGUAAGCAGAGGAACUUAUAAUUAAUAACAAUAUAAUACAAGUUCUUAAACUUAAAUCCUAUUAAAUAUUAGAUUAAGGAGUUAUUAAAUUUAGUAAUUAUUUGAUGAUACCAAGUGGAUAGGCAAUCAAAGAAUAUAAAAUUUUUAUCCCAUAGUUAUAGAUUUUUUAUACUAUAUUUAAUGAUAUGGGGAUCGUAGUAAAAAAUAGCAGAAAUGAAUAACAAUAAAAUUCACAUUAAUUCACUUGCUUUGUUUAAUAAGCAACUACUGAGCUUAAUUAGGUUUAAUCAUUUAAAGAAUCAAAAUUGAUUAGUUCUCUUCAAGCUAAUGAAUUGAAUCGCUUUGAUUUAGGAGAUAUUUAAUUUAUUUACAAUCCUUAUCAAGAUAAAAAUCAUAAUUUAUAAAUAUUGAUUAAUUGCUCAUCAAAUAAUUCAAAAAGCCAGUUAUUAUAUUUAAUAAAUGCAAGAACUUACAAAUGUUAGUUAGGAGAGUUCUAUAUUGAUGAAGGAUGCUAAAUUUGUGAAUCAAUUUUUGGUUUUUAUUCAGUAACAUAUGAUGCUACAAAAUGUUCAAUAUUUGAUAAAACUAAAUUUGCAAAUAUAUCCUCAAAUGCUAUUUAAUUAUUAGAAGGUUAUUGGAGGCCAAAUUUAUACUCUGAUUAUACUGAUUAUUGUUUCAAAAAUAUCUUAUUUUGUAAAGGAGGAUGGAAAGUAGGAGAUGAACUUUGCUCUUUGGGACAUCUUGGAGGAUUGUGUGAGGAAUGUGAUUAUCAUAAUAAAAGAGGAGAAGGAAAUUUUUUUAGGAAUUAAUAGGAUUCCUAAUGUUAUAAUUGCUCAAUUAAUAACAUCAUGCCCUUUCUGUUCUCUUUUGUUUGGUAUUUAGAUUAAACUAUAUAAGGGCUAUUUUUUCAAUAGUGAUCACAUUAAGAAGUAUUGAAUAAUCUAAUUUGUUAUUUUCUAAUCUGUAAUUUAAAUUAAUUUAUAGAAAGAUCUUAUUUAAACUGGAAAAAGGUAUUAUAUUUAUGUUUUUAUAGGUUAGAUAUGUCAGGUAUUUUCAUUAAGAUGUUGUUCAUCUAUUUAUGGAUAUUUUCAGCGAUUUUUACAUUUAAUAUUCAAUUUUCGAUUUCAUUUUCUUUUAUAGAUCAAACUAGUAAUACUUCUUAAUUUAUGGCAUCGAGUCUUGAUUGUUAUUUAUCUUAACUCUCUUAAAUUGACCUAAUUUAUCUUAGAAUUAUUGCUACUAUUUUAUUGUUACUAAUUUAAUUUGUAAUCAUUUUGAUAGGAUAUCAAAUAUAUAUAUUAAUCUCUAAUGCUAAAUUUCAAACAUACAUUCUUUCAAAUACAUUAUUAUAUUUAUAUGUAUCGAAUUUCUCUGGAUUAAUCAAAUAGUAUUAUAUUAUUUAUGAUAAGAUUUUGUUCAAUUGUAUCAAAAAGAAUUAUAUCGAAAAUAGAAUAUAUAUAGGGAGAUUUAACAUUACUUUUUGGUUCCUUAAAUCAUAAUUAAUGGAUAUAUAAAUUUGCUAUUCCUGGAUUAGUGUUAUUUGGAGUUUGUAUUCCAUUUGCUUUAUUUUUGUUUAUGUUUCUAACAAAGAAAAGAUUUAAUAAGAUUAAAUUUAGAAGGCAUAUUUGUUAUUUAUUUGAUGAAUAUAAUGAAUCAAACUACUUCUGGGAGUAAAUCAAGUUUUCAAAAAAGAUUAUCAUAAUCCUUAUUAUGACUUAUUUUGAAUCUAAUAUACUCUUAAAAGCCUCUUUAUUAGGAUUAUUAUUAUUAAUAUACUAAAUAAUAGCAGGAAAGUAAUAACCUUACAAUCUAUAAAAAUUAAAUAAUUUAGAUCUUGAAGCAUCUUAAAUUUGCUCUUUAGCUAUUUUUAUUGCAAUUUCUAAAUAUGUUAGUGAACAGCAAUUUGAAAAUGCAUCUUCUCAAAUAUUGUAAGUUUUUAUUAUAAUUCUUAUUAUUAAACUAUGUUAUCAAUUUAUUUUAGAUAUCUUUAGAUCUUAUGUUAAAAAAUAUCGAAUAUAUUUCAUAACUAUUCUGCAUAAUAUUUUUAGAUCAAUACACUCAAAUUCUAAAAAUACAGUUUAUCUAGGAAAAUUACUUAUGUAAUGGAGCAAAAAUGAAUAAAGAGUUCAAUUAAAUUUUAAAAUUUUAAAAACACAUUUAUUAAAAAUAUCAAAAGCAUAAAUCAAAGCUCAAAAGUAAUUUAAUUAUAUAAAAUAGAUCCUUUUACUCUGCUACUUCCAAUUAAUAUCGGGCAUCACUAACGAGAAGUAACUAAGUAAAAAUAGCUAAAAAUAGAAUCUUAUUAUCAUUAGAGUAAUGA